GUUUGUCUUUCUGCAAGGCUGCAUCAUGAUUUAGAGUGUGAGGCUGUUGGCAUGGCAAAUGACUGCAUAAUUUACUCACUGUCUGCGGAGUCACUGAUUCAUUUUCCCGUAUUUACAUUGAAACAAUUCGUUCUUAUUUAGGUGCCAGGUGCGCCUAUCACCUCUGUGUCCACACCUCUCUGCACAUGGCAGCCCAACCCAUGCUGCUGUAUCACCUACUGGGCGAAACCCAACCGCCUCCGCCCAACGCUACUAUCACUACAAGGUGCCACUUUGCCCAUUUUCAUUCUCUGCCAGCGCACCACAAACACAGCUGCUCACCUUUGGCACCUUUACUUAAAUAUUUCACAUAUGCAGCUUAACUUCAAGUAUUAGGCUCUUUACCAAUUUAUGCUGGGCACAAACCAUCCCGCGCAAACCUCCCAGUAUAUUUCCUAACUUCUGAAGGAGAAAAAAAACGAUGGCGCCUUCAGUUCUGCAGAAUGGUGGAUUCAUUUUGGGGGUGAUCGGUGCAGCAGCCCUCAUCGCAGCGACUGCCAUGAACAAAUGGAGUGUCAAGGACAGGCAGGGGGACGUGGUGACAUCUGUUUACACCUACAAGGGUCUGUGGCAGGACUGUGAGACCACUUCAUCAGGAUUCACAGAGUGUCGUCCGCUCUAUGGCCUCCUCGGCUUCUCAGGCACCUUCCAAGCAGUGCGAGCGCUGAUGAUAGUGGGUGUGGUGCUGGCUGUUCUUGGGGCGUUCAUAUCAAUUUUCUCCCUGACCUGCCUCACCAUGAACAGUAUGGCAGAAACCACCAAGGCCAAGAUGAGCCUCGCUGCUGGCAUCAUGUUCAUCAUCUCUGGUGUGUGCGGCAUUGCAGGAGCUUCUAUCUACGCCAACCAGAUUGUGGCCAGUUUCAGGAUGUCCAUCUACCCAAACUAUGGAGGAGGAUUUGGAGACAACAUGCAGGGAGGGAUGGGAGGAGGGAUGGGUGGAGGGAUGGGAGGAGGGAUGGGAGGAAUUCCUAGAUACACAUUUGGCCCUGCACUGUUUGUGGCCUGGAUAGGAGGGGGCGUCCUGCUCAUCGGUGGCAUCCUGAAGUCACUGGCUUUCAAAGAAAUGGUGAAAGAUGAAAAACCACAAUACCCGGGGGUUGCCUACAAACCUCAGGGCCGCACUAAAUCCGACCUAAGUGAGCACCAUUCAGAUGGUGGCAAAAGAGGUUAUGUGUAACUUCAUCACACAGCACACACUGACAAGUCCUGUGCUUUUAGCUAUUCACAUGCAGCAUGCUUUUUGGGUUGUUUUUUUCUUUAUUAUUCAGUUGCAUCGUAUACGCAUCAAAUACUACGUCUUCACUAUCUGAUAAUGGGAGUCAAUAGUUGUGGUUUUUAGUUUUCAUACACACA